AUGUAUCAGAACGGCACUAUCAUGGUCCAGGGCAGUGAGGCUGCACUCAGCUCUGUUGUGCAGGACUUCCCCACCCUAACGAAGGACCACAGCGGGCCCAGCCCAGGACCACAGGAGGCCCAGCCCAGGACCACAGCGGGCCCAGCCCAGGACCACAGGAGGCCCAGCCCAGGACCACAGCAGGUCCAGCCCAGGACCACAGCGGACCUAGCCCAGGACCACAGCGGACCUAGCCCAGGACCACAGCGGGCCCAGCCCAGGAUCACAGCGGGCCCAGCCCAGGACCACAGCGGGCCCAGCCCAGGACAACAGGAGGCCCAGCCCAGGACCACAGCGUGUCCAGCCCAGGAUCACAGCGGGUCCAGCCCAGGACCACAGCGGGCCCAGCCCAGGACCACAGCGGGCCCAGCCCAGGACCACAGGGGGCCCAGCCCAGGACCACAGCGGGCCCAGCCCAGGACCACAGCGGGCCCAGCCCAGGACCACAGCGGGCCCAGCCCAGGACCACAGGGGCCCAGCCCAGGACCACAGCGGGCCCAGCCCAGGACCACAGCGGGCCCAGCCCAGGACCACAGCGGGCCCAGCCCAGGACCACAGGAGGCCCAGCCCAGGACCACAGCGGGCCCAGCCCAGGACCACAACGGGUCCAGUCCAGUCCAGGACGACAGGAGGCCCAGCCCAGGACCACAGGAGGUCCAGCCCAGGACCACAGGAGGUCCAGCCCAGGACCACAGCGGGCCCAGCCCAGGACCACAGCGGGUCCAGCCCAGGACCACAGCAGGUCCAGCCCAGGACCACAGCAGGUCCAGCCCAGGACCACAGCAGGUCCAGCCCAGGACCACAGCAGGUCCAGUCCAGUCCAGGACGACAGGAGCUCCAGCCCAGCAGCCCAGGACCACAGGAGGUCCAGCCCAGGACCACAGCGGGCCCAGCCCAGGACCACAGCGGGCCCAGCCCAGGACCACAGCGGGCCCAGCCCAGGACCACAGGAGGCCCAGCCCAGGACCACAGGAGGCCCAGCCCAGGACCACAGCGGGCCCAGCCCAGGACCACAGCGGGCCCAGCCCAGGACUACAGCGGGCCCAGCCCAGGACAACAGCGGGUCCAGCCCAGGACCACAGCGGGCCCAGCCCAGGACCACAGCGGGUCCAGUCCAGUCCAGGACGACAGCAGGCCCAGCCCAGGACCACAGCGGGCCCAGCCCAGGACCACAGCGGGCCCAGCCCAGGACCACAGCAGGGAGUCACCCCCCUCCCCCUGCUGCUGAAAUCAUCCCCUCCCCCUGCUGCUGAAAUCAUCCCCUCCCCCUGCUGCUGGAAUCAUCCCCUCAUAACCCCCAUCAUCCUCCCAUCACCUCCCAUCAUCCUCCCCUCACCCCAUCAUCCUCCCCUCACCCCAUCAUCCUCCCCUCACCCCAUCAUCCUCCCCUCACCCCAUCAUCCUCCCAUCACCCCAUCAUCCUCCCAUUACCCCCAUCAUCCUCCCCAUCACCCACAUAAUCCUCCCAUCACCCCAUCAUCCUCCCAUCACCCCAUCAUCUUCCUCCCAUCACCCCAUCCCCAUCACCCCAUCAUCCUCCUCCCAUCCCCAUCACCCCAUCAUCCUCCUCCCAUCACCCCAUCAUCCUCCUCCCAUCACCCCAUCAUCCUUCCAUCACCCCAUCAUCCUUCCAUCACCCCAUCAUCCUCCCAUCACCCCAUCAUCCUCCCAUCACCCCAUCAUCCUCCCAUCAUCCUCCCAUUACCCCCCAUCAUCCUCCCAUUACCCCCAUCAACCUCCCAUCACCCCCCAUCAUCCUCCCAUCAUCCUCCCAUCACCUCCCAUCACCCCCAUCAUCCUCCCAUCACCCCCAUCAUCCUCCCAUCACCCCCCCAUCAUCCUCCCAUCACCCCCAAUCAUCCUCCCAUCACCCCCCAUCAUCCUCCCAUCACCCCCAAUCAUCCUCCCAUCACCCCCAUCAUCCUCCCAUCAUCCUCCCAUCACCCCCCAUCAUCCUCCCAUCAUCCUCCCAAUCAUCCUCACAUCACCCCCCAUCAUCCUCCCAUCACCCCCAAUCAUCCUCCCAUCACCCCCCUUUAUCCCCCUUCCCCCUCUUGCUGA